UAAUUCACCAGUUUUUUUCUUUCCCCUCCAUUCCACUUCUCUGGUUUGUAUCAUACUGUACCCCUUGUCGUUCUUCAAGUAACUCUCGCCGCGCAACCAAACGCAUGCAGCAGGAACGCCACAUACAGCUUCCGUUAUCGGAAUACCUUGCUCUUACUACGAAACAAUGUUCUAGCUGGUCCUUCACCCAAGGCCUCCUCUUAGGCCAACUGAUCGUAAUCCUAACCCUCGGCUGCUUCAUAAAAUUCUUUAUAUUCGGCGACUCGCCCGGCUCCACUUCGAAAACUAUCUACUCAGGGUCCUUCACGCCCACCGCCCUAAAACAAUUCUCUCGGAACCAAUCCAACCUACGAAAAAAGCGUUCCGCCGUCCUCCGUGACCCCCCGUCGCAAUCCACAGAGACGAUCCUGUCGAAGACGUACUACGAUGUGCGCUCCCAUCAGCCCGAAUCCCUCGACUGGUUCAACGUGCUCAUCGCUCAGACGCUAGCGCAAUUCCGCGAGGACGCUCACACCGAUGGUGCGAUCCUGAAGUCACUGAAUAAAUUCCUGAACGGCCCGCAGAAGCCGGACUUCUUAGACUCGAUCCGGGUGACGGAGGUCUCCCUCGGGGAGGACUUUCCCAUCUUCUCUAAUUGCAGGAUCUCGCCGAGUGAUGAUGAACCCGGGAAGUUGCAGGCGAAGAUGGACGUCGAUCUCAGCGACUUGAUCACCCUGGGGGUUGAAACGAAGCUACUGCUGAAUUGGCCGAAACCAUUGGUCGCGGUAUUGCCCGUUGCCCUAGCCGUCUCGAUUGUUCGGUUUUCGGGGACGUUGUCAAUUUCGUUCAUUCCUUCGCCGGAAAAUUUGGCUGGGAAUACUACCCUUACGUUUAGCUUUCUGGAUGAUUACAGGCUUGAGAUCGCCGUGAGGAGUCUUGUGGGGUCUAGAUCUAGGCUGCAGGAUGUUCCGAAGAUAGCUCAGCUUGUCGAGAGCCGUUUGCAUGGCUGGAUCGACGAGAGGUGUGUAGAGCCCAAGUUUCAGCAAAUCGUGCUGCCCUCGCUAUGGCCGAGAAAGCGGACGACGAGGGAGCAAUCGAGACCUGGAGAGGGGACGGAUGACGGAGAGCUCCCUGGGGGAAGUUUUGAUGGCCUGAGACGAAGACCCCAGCCAACGGCGCAUAUUUAAUUCCUGUGCUACAACUUUCAUUUCUCAUUUUUUCUUUAGCACCAUUUUAUGAUUACACGCCCAUGGUAAUUCGCUUGUUUCUCAACAAUUCAGCAUGGAUUAAUGGCGAUAGAUACACCAGACUUAGCAACGACGCAGUCAACCCAACAAAUGAAAAAUUAUAUCUCUAA